CGUUGAGGAAGGUAUCUGGCUGACCCACGUUCGAAGCUCUCGACCCAAGCAGCGACAGCCAAUGGGUGGCUGCCUGGUGGCUCUAUCGCCCAGGGCUUGACGCCGGCUCGGUGAAGGGCGAGCGAUGGUGGGCUGUGUCGCGCUAAUCGCGCCCCUGCUCUGCAUGAUCGCAGCUCCUGCCUCCAGCCAGAAAGCGGAGGGGCCGCGCCGCAGGUUCGAAUAUAAGUACAGCUUCAAAGGACCGCACUUAGUGUUCCGGGAUGAUUCAAUUCCUUUCUGGACGCACCAUGGCAAUGCCCUUCCAAGUUUAGACCAAGUCCGAAUUGUGCCUUCGAUACGAAGCCAAAGUGGAUCUGUUUGGACCAAAAAUAACGUAGCUUUUGAAAACUGGGAAGUGGAGGUUGCUUUUCGGAUCAUUGGCAGAAAUCGAAUUGGCGCUGAUGGGCUGGCCAUUUGGUACACCAGCGAGACAGGGCCAACUGGACCGGUCUUUGGAGCAGCUGACCGCUGGCACGGUGUGGGCAUUUUCUUUGAUACUUUUGACAACGACGACAGUAAAAACAAUCCAAUUGUACUCGUGGUGGGAAACGACGGGAAGCUCACAUAUGAUCACUUGAAUGAUGGUGCUGGGCAGGCUUUGGGUAUGUGUGUGCGGGAUUAUCGCAACAGUUAUCACGCUGUCCGAGCCAAGAUACGCUAUUACCAGAAGACGCUGCAGGUUUAUCUGAAUUUGGGGAGAACUGAUAUCUCUGAGAACUACGAGUUAUGCUCUGAAGUCACGGACGUGUACCUGCCUCUGAAUGGGCACUUUGGAGUAUCCGCAGCCACAGGGGCAGUUGCUGAUGACCACGAUGUGCUGUCGUUUGUCACGUUCAGCUUGAGUGAUCCUGUGACACCGAAUACGUCGGCUCAGGCCCAGAAGCAGCAAGAGGAAGAUGAGUACCAGAGGGAAUAUGAGCGCUUUGAGAAAGACUUGGAGAAGCGCAAGGAUGAGUUCCGGAAGCAGCACCCCGAGCUAGACACUCCAGAUGAAGAAGCGUUUGAGACGCAGAGCCAGCGGGAGAUGCAAAUGGUUAUCAGUGGGCAGUCCAUAAUUCAGGAGGAGCUGACAAAACUUAGGGAAAGGUUGGCGGACGCGUUUGACGAGCACAAGCAACAUACGGAGAACUUCAGUAAACUGAGCAAGGAUCGACAUACAAGCACUACAGCCAGAGGAAGCGGACGUCAGGAUGCUGUUAACUCAGAAAGCUUGAUGAACGUGCUAAAUGGUCAGAAGAACGUGGUUCAGCAGGUGCAAGAAAUUGGGACAAACAUAGAAAAUAUUCUUUCAAAGGUGAGGCUAAGCCAGAAGUCCUUAAACGUCAUGGUUGCAGACCAGGGUCAUUUUUGGGAGAUCAAAGAGCACAUCAAUGUUGUCAAGAAGGAUAUUAGCAGUCUAAUAAACACUAAGGCUCAACACAUCAGCUGUCCAAAGUCACCUCCUGUCCCUUCCUGCCUCUCAAUGUGGCACUUCUUGCUAUUCAUCGUCCUCCAGUCCGUCUUCUUUCUCUACUACCUAAUACACAGGAACGGAAGGGAAACAAAUUUAAAGAAAGUUUACUGAGGACUUACUGGAUCAUCUUUGGGUAUAUAGUUUUAAGGAGUACUUGUAAAUGUUUGAGUAAUUAUGCCAUUUUUAAUGUGCUGCUCUCCUAAAAGAUGAGUAAUCUGCAGCUACCACCAUAAUAUAGAGUGAACAAAUUUAAUACCGAAAUGUUUUUAAAAAGUAAUUCACUUUAUAGAAAUGCUAGCCAUUAACUUACCCUAGAAUGUGUUUACUUUGGAAUUUUUAAAAAUGUAAAACUUAUAGAUUUAUAUCAGAUAUAUGAGUGUAAGUGUGUUCUCGGAUCUUUAUUCUAUUUUCAUUUAAUUAAAAGGAAUAAUCCAAAUGUUACAUGUUAAUUUAUUUCAGCCUGUCUUAUAAAUAUUUUAACAUCGUGGCGACAACUGGAAUUGACAAUAAAAUGAA